GCGUUGGCUUGGUUUGGCUGGCUGGCUGGCGGCGGCGGCGUCUUUGCCACCCGGCUGAGCGGGAGAGCAAGCGACUGCUCCAGUUUCCUUACUUGAGAGUUGUGCAAUCUCUUGCUAUCAGGAGGAGGGACGGAAGGGGGGAGAAGGAAAAGAGAGAGAGAUCCAGCUUCCUCUGCUGCUGCAGUUGUUGCCGCCUUCGUCGCUACAGUUCUCCACUUCGCCCCCCCCCCUUCUGUUUCCCAAGCUGUGAUCUCAAAUCUGUGACUCAGAGACUUGCAAUCCUGACACCGCAAAGUGCGGUUGGCGGAGAAGGCGACGAGCAGCGAGGCUUUCGCUCGGAGCAGGUACGCUGCAGGACUGUGCGCAGGAAGAAAACUGAGCGACCGGGGACGAGCCACUGCAAGUGAUACUUCCCCCCUUCCCCAAAACUUUCUGGUUUCUUUUCAAGUAGCCUUUAGAGCUCUCUCGGCGCUUGGUUGGUUGCCGGGGAUUUUGGGGGGUGGGGAAAGGAAGAGGAUUGGGACCUACGAGAGGACUGAAGGAAAGAGCGAUGGGGGACUAACCUUCUGACUCAAGACACCGCGGAGGGGGUGAAACCAUUGGAACUUGGCUUCCUUUUAAACUACAAACUGAGAUCCACCCCUUCCAACUCUGUAUGGAUUAGACUGAUGCAGGAGGAGAGCCUUGUGUUGGCUUCACACUUUCUCCUUCCCGUUCUGCUCUUGCAUUUGAGAUGGGUUGGUUGCUGAUCUGACUUUAACACGCACUGAAUCAUGAGUCUUCAGGCUCAGCCAAAGUCUUCAAACAAAAGAGCUGGAAAGCGGGUUGCAUUUUUUAGCGAGCAAGAUGCUCUUUUGAAAGAAGCCCACCAACAGCAGCAGCAGCAGCUAAAAGAAGGACAGUAUUACGGUCACGGAGGGAAUGUGCACCCUCCAUGCACCCAGUCCAUGGAGCUGACCAAACCUGGGGUUUUCAGUAGCGUUCCCAGCAAUGCUGCAUUGCUGAAUUCAAUGUAUCAGGACAGAGGUGAGGUGAGGAUGACACCCCAGCAGCUGACUGCUGCCAAGUGGCACAGCUCCUUAAUGGGAAAUCGAUUGCCUGAGCGAAGUGAGGCAAAUUGGCAACCUCAGCCUGGAGGAUGGAACCAUGGGAUGGUUUAUGGUGGCAACCAGAAAGGAGGACAUCCUAAUGCCAGCAUCGCAGAUUACUAUGGCCACCCAGAUGCCCUGAAAAAAAACAGGGAGAAAGGGGUGGUGGUGUCACAGCUGGAGUUGUAUGGAGGUGCUGUCCAGCAGAUGAUAUCCCAGAAAGCCCAGUUGGAACAGCAGGCGUUGGUCAGGCAACAACAGGCCCAGAUGAGUUCUUUUCAGCAAAUGCAGCAGCAGCAGCAGCAGCAAAAUCAAAGCCUCUCUUUGCAACCUUUCCAGCUGGCCUUUGGUCAGCAGGGCCAGAAGCAGGGUCUUCCUGAGCUUUUGCAUGUUCUUCAGCAGGCUCCCACAUCUUCCAGCCCAGCUUUUACUGCUCAGCAGAAACAGCAGGCUCUUCCACAGUUGCAGCUGUUUGAAAACUAUUACUCACAACAGCAGCAGCAACACCAUCACCACCAUCAGCAGGCAGGAGUGCAGACCUUUGGCCUUCAGCCGUCAGCUUCUGUAGCACAGCAGCAUCUGGGAGCACCACCUCAGCCUGUUCAGCAUCAUAUGGUUUCCCAUCAGUUCCACCCAGUUUCUGAGAGGAACCAGGAGCUGCUGAAGGCUCUGACAGAGCAGAACCCCCAGGCGGUGCUACCACAGGCACAGAUAAAUCUCCCAAGGAGAUCACGCAGGCUCUCUAAGGAAGGCGUCCCACCAGUACCUUCUGGAGAAGGAGCAUUGGCCUCUAAGGCAGCUGAGGAUUACCCUGGGAGCAUCUUGCCACCUCAUCCCUGGCAGUCGCAGCAGCACCCUGAAGUCCAGUUCCGACCUCAGUCUGAAAUGUUCAGUCACAAGGAAAGUUAUUCCCAACUAAGUAGAGCAGAACUGGAACAUGGGGACAUGCCAUUGGGGAGUCAGCCAAGUCAGCCUGACAUGGAGACGGUGGGCAUGUAUGAGAAUGCCCAAGAAGCAGAAAAACAGGUGGCUGCCACUGAUGGCAUUGGUCUGAGAACGAAUGACUUUGGCGCAGUUAGAGGAGGAGUCAUCCAGAGCACCCGGAGGAGACGGCGUAUUUCUCAAGAAGCCAACCUCUUAACUCUGGCUCAGAAAGCUGUGGAGUUGGCUUCUCUUCAGAACGUCAGGGAACCUGAAAUGUCAGAAGAAAAAAACAAGAGUGAGGCAGCAGCUGCUGCACCAAGGAGCGUUGUAGAAUUUGCCAGCUCUUCCCCAGCCCCAAAGAGAGCCCGGGAGGAUAACAGCCACGUGCCUCUCAUUAUUCCCGUGUCUGUGCCAGUGAGGAAGCUGGAUGCUCAAGAUAUCGCCAGGGAAAAGGGCGAGGAUGGGAAGCAGCAGCGGUUUCUGGCUAACGAUCAUGGCAUUGCAGACAGCAAGCCUUCUGUAAUCGUCACCCGGAGGAGGUCCAAUCGCAAUUUGAAUAUGGACAUGUCGGCUCAGCAUGAAAGCACUGCUCCAAAAGAAGUGGAUGGUUUUGCACGGAAACCAAAGCAACGACCAAGACCAGAGCCUCUUUUCAUACCCCCCAAAGCUGGCACCUUCAUUGCUCCACCGGUCUACUCCAAUAUCACACCGUACCAGAGCCACUUGCGUUCACCUGUCCGUCUGGCUGAUCACCCUUCUGAUAGGAACUUUGAGCUACCUCCUUAUACUCCCCCGCCCAUUCUCAGCCCAGUACGGGAGGGCUCAGGACUAUAUUUCCAUGCUUUCCUUUCUGCUGCUGGUAAUGCAGUUCCACCUCCGAUGACUCCAAAAGCUGCACACAGGACCCUGCUCAGAUCUAACAGUGCAGAAGCCACCCCUCCUGUCCUCUCAGUAAUGGGAGAGUGCACUCCUGUCAGCAUUGAACCGCGGAUCAACGUGGGGCCUCGGUUUCAAGCAGAAAUCCCACCGCUUCGAGAUCAAUCUCUGGCAGUCUCUGAUGUGGCCAAGGAACAGUUGGUGUGGCAGCCAUGGGAGGAACUGGAAACUAAUCCAGCUGUCCAAGAAAAUGUGGAGAACCUGGUAACAGCUGCUUGUUCAAGUAUAUUUCCUGGAGGUGGUACCAAUCAAGAGCUGGCAUUUCACUGCUUACAUGAAGUAAAAGGAGAUAUUGUGGCUGCUUUGACCAAAAUGCUGCUGAAGAAAUCGGUGCAUUCUCCAAGCCACCCACUGGCAGAUUAUCACUACACAGGGUCAGACAGCUGGAGCGUAGCUGAGAAGAAACACUUCAAUAAGGGAAUUGCUAUUUAUAAGAAAGACUUCUUCCUUGUUCAGAAACUUAUAAAAACCAAGACUGUGGCCCAAUGUGUGGAAUUCUACUAUACUUACAAAAAACAAGUCAAGAUAGGCCGGAAUGGGACUCUGAUCUUUGGGGAUGUUGAUACUACUAAUGAAAGGGCUGUUAAAGAUGAAGCUGAAGUAGAUAUAAAGAGUUCCCAUAGGCUUACACGAACUCUUCCUCCCAGAACAUAUAAUGAAGAUUAUGAAAACACUGAAGAUGAGGAUAUUGAAGAAGUUGAGGAAGAAUUGUCAAUUAAAGAGGAAGCCGUGGAAGGGGAUGAGUUGUAUGGUAAGAACAGCAAUUCAGCCCCUUCCAAAUCUUCUAAUCUUCUAGAUGUUGAAGAUCAAGCUGGUAAUCUCCAUGUGGAAAGACAUCUGGAAUCUGGUGCUCCAGGAAGAACAGAAGUCAGAGGCAGGACUUCGAGAAGGACAAAGGAGGCACCCAUUAAAUAUCGGAAGGCUUCGCCACCAGUGCAAAAGAGAAGGAGAAAACCAAAGCCUAAACAAGACACAGCUAACAAAACCCAGAAUCAAGAGGAGGAAUUUCCAUGUAAAAAAUGUGGCAGAAUCUUCUACAAGGUGAAAAGUCGGAGCGCUCACAUGAAAAGCCAUGCCGAGCAGGAGAAGAAGGCUGCAGCUCUGAAACUGCAAGAGAGGGAGGCGGCGGCGGCAGCAGCAGCAGCAGCAGCAGCACACAGUAGGACUCAGCAGGAAGAGAGCAGCAACAGUGGGAGCAGCAGUAGCAGCAGCUCGGAUGAAGGUGGCGAAGUUUAGCAAAGGAGCCCCCGAGGUUGAGAGCCUGGUCUGGCUGGAGGUUCUGACCCUCGUGAACCUAAGUUGCUCCAGCCUUGCUUCCACUUCCUUUCCUUCCUGCUUGAAUCGAACUGGUAGAUUUUUAAAGGAGAAAAAAAGUGACCAUGGAAAUCUCUAUUUUUAAAAAAUCCAAACAUUUUAUGGAUUAUUCUAUUUAUAAAUAACUUUCAGUAUCUACUUAAUGAAUGGAAGUCUAUUUUCCUUCAGUUCCUGAACUUGCCAGGAAUCAUGGCAGUAAGCCUUAAGCGUCUUACCCGCUGCUGAGAGAGAAAUUUGUUGAAUCAUCUGGAUAGUAACAAAUUACUUUGUAUGUAAUUUCAAGGAUCCAUAUAGUUUUUUUUACAUACUUUUUUCCUUUCACCUCCAAGUUUUCUUUGUGGCUUGGAGCUAUUCACUUUUUCUGUUUGUCUCCUUCAUACAAGAAUGUUUGUUUCUCCAGCUAGUAGAUAAUCCAGAAGUCUUUGAGCUCUGUGAGCAACGUCUCUAGGGUGAGUGGAGAGACUAUCAGUUUUAAGAAAUAGCUCUUGAAGUGUGGAAAACAUUGCUAGUAUUCGUUUGGAACCAUCCCUAUUAUCUUACAUUUUUUAAAAGUCACAUAAGGUUGAUAAUAUAUUUCUCCAGAGUUGGCCACAAGAAUUAGUGAUGAGUUCUGAAUACUAUAUCUCUGUAGUUCUGUGACAGAACAAAUAACUUCGCUUGCACAAGAAUCCAUAUAUGAUUUUGGGUUAAUGGGAUUAAGGUAGAUCUCUGCCCAAGUUUAAUAAGAGCCACAGUUAUGAGAAGUUGAUGAGUUUUAUCCAUGGUAUUAUUCUGCUGGGGGAUGCCAUUCAUUCAAGGGGAGUCCAUCUGUAAUGAUCAUUCUUAUCCCAAAUCUGAACUUGUAGGUUGGAGAAUCCUCUGGAGCAGCUUUGAGGGGAGGGCAAGAAAACAAUUGGAAGCCUAUUGUGAGUGAAAACACACUUGCGUAAAGUCUGAUACUGUAGCCCAAUGGAUUAGAUUGAUCAGUGAUCUGAUUUAGGUUCCUGUCUGUAUGUAACAAAUGUUAUAGCAUUUAUGUGAGGAAGCUGGUAUUGAAGUUCCACCGUGAAAGUGCAUUGUUUUUUAACUUGAAUAGACUUGAGUGUGGUUUUGCUUAAUUGUCCAUUUUAAUGCUUCAGCUAGCUUAUAAAAGAAUAGCUGCCAAAAAUACUUAAAAUUUUAACAGUUCUGAUAUUCCUUUCUUUUUUUUAAAAAAAGCAUGGUUUGCAAAGGCAGACCAAAUAUUCUCGAGGUAAUAGAAAUAAGGAUCAUGCUGCAUUGACUCAUUUGCAUUUGCACUCUCAGGACUACCCAUUCUGCUGAGUUAUUUGCCAACUAAAUGAGUUUCAUUUAGAUGUUCACACUGUAUCACCCCAGAUACCCGGAGUCAAGAAUACCAAAUGUGGAAAAACCCAAUGUAUUUAGAAAUGGUGCACAUAAUGCCAAAUUUACGCAAGACUUCUGCAGAUGUGUGUCUGCACCAAGCAGUAAGUAUUUGCGAUUAUCUUAAGUCAUAUGGACCGUUAUCUUCCCAUUGUGGCAGUAAGGUGCAACUGUCUGUCUGUCUGGCAGCACAAGGAGAAGGCAGGUGCAGCAGAGGGCACAAAAAGAAUGCUUAGCCAGAUAGAGAUGGGACACCUAAACUACUUGCUUAUAAUUUUAAAAUUCUUAUGUCCGCAGGAAAUAUGUUUAGCACUUAUUCAGCUGUGAAUUGUAAAGUCUUGAAAAAUAAGUCUUCUAAAACCACAAGGGUCAAGAAAGCAAAGAAUUGCAUUAAUAAUCUGUAGAAGAAUCUUUAUGGAAUAAACCGUGCUGGGAUUUGCUCCCCAGCGGGGUUUUAUUUCUAGAACCAGCUCAAGCUUCAAGAAGUGUACCUAGAAGUUUAUUGAAAAGCUAGAACUUUUAAAUUUGAUUCCUGGCCUUGGAGGAAGUUAGAAAGACUUUUGGAGAAAGGGCAAAUUAGAAUGAUUACAGCAAACCAUAGUUGGGUUACUGCUGAGUUACAUGAUCAGCAGAAAUUUUUAUGGUGCAACUUUUACUAUAUAAGAUUACCAUUACAGCUACAGGAUUAUACAUUUUCAAUACCUCUGUUCAUAGCACAAAACAAAACCACUAUCAGAACAUGCAAAGAACUUGCAUUUUGAAUGUUGAAAAUAGGUUCUAGCCUUCUCUUAACAUGCUGAGUUAGUUGCUUUUUAGGUGGAGGGACCUUGAAACUGACCAUCCCUUACUUACAGUCUAAGGCAGAAACAGUUCCAGGAGCCAAUCAUGUGAACCUGCUGCUUGAAAAACAGAGCAGGGAUCUUUGCCUGCAUGAGGUCCCUGGUUGAGUUCUAGGUUCUCCAGUGGUAGAGACAGGAAGCCAGUCUGAUGAGAAUUAGAAGGGAUGUUCUCAGUCCAUUGUUGCUGCUUAGUACUUACUAGGCUAAAUGGACAAACAAUGUGAUCAAAUGUAUGGUAACUUUUAAGAUGUUCAAGGUCUCAUAAUGCAAGAAAUUUACCUUUAAACCCUUUUCUCCCUGUAACAUAACGGGCAAUUCCAGUCUGCCUCUAAAGUGAGUUCUUCCAGUGUGUUUAAAAACAGCCUUCAAUUAAAGGUAAUUGCUUUCUUUUUACCUGCUUCAGAGCUACAAUUAACCCUUCAAGUAUUUCUCUCUAUAUUUACACUAUUUUUGCACUGGGUCGAUGAUGUUGUCUUUCCAGAUCAUAGUUCUGUACAAACCUUAGCAUUUUAUACAUGAUAUGUAGAAACAGUAGCAAUGCAAUCUGUCUUUUGACCACAUCUUCAAAAAUGGCUUGUCUCAAUCAUGUUUUCUUUUGCACUUAGCCUGUAUGAAUUCCAGCCCAAACAGGAAAAGAAUCUUGUUCAAAUAAUUCACUAGAGACCUUGAGAAAGGCAAUGUUUGAUUCCCCAACUGAUGUUCAGAAAGGAAGAGAACUGCUGCCUUGAAAGUGGGCAUUAAACUGAACCAAUAUCAUAUAUUAAGAGGGAAUAUAUUUUCUGGGAGUGAACAAAGUAUCCUAAUGGUGUUUUUUGGAAAGAAAAAAGAGAUGUAUGUGGAACAAAUUGUGAAAAUAUUUUGUUGCUGGGUGGAACGUGUUCUUCCCAAAUACAAUUGCUACAAUCCAGCACAGAUGCACUUUGUGAUUCAUUGUGUGCCAUUUUGUAGCUAUAAAAAGACUUAUGUAUAGGACUCCUAAAAUGGUAUUCAUAUCAUAUCAGUAAUACAGGUAGUCUUCUCUUAACUACUGUUGAUUUAACGACUUUAUGAUAGCGCUAAAGUGACUUAUGACCGGUCUUCACACUUACAACCAUCGCAGCAUCCCUGAAGUUACAUGAUUGUGAUCCGGGUGCUUGGCAACCAGCUUGCACUUAUGAGGGUUGUAGCGUCCUGGGUUCAUGCGAUCGCCAUUUGCGACCUUCCUAGCUGGCUUCUGGCAAGCAAAAUCAAUGGGGAACCACGAUUCACUUAACAAC